UCUGCCAGCUGAGAAGGACAAGGAAGAAAGGCAGACACACAGGGCAGUGCUGUGGCCUUGCACACUGUCAAGCGAGCUUUUGUGCAGGAGCCAGCCCUCCGUCUGUAGCCCCAUGAUGAGAGAAUGGACCCUGCUCUUCUCCAUGCUGCUCUGUGGCCUGGCUGGCCCCACACACCUCUUCCAGCUGAGCCUGGUGCUGGACAUGGCCAAGGUCCUCCUGGAUAACUGCUGCUUCCCGGUGAACUUGAUGGGGAUGCAAGAAACCAUCGAGCAGGCCAUCAAGAGCCGCGAGAUCCUAGGCAUCUCAGACCCUCAGUCCCUGGCCCAUGUCCUGACAGCGGGAGUGCAGAGCUCAUUGAAAGACCCUCUCCUGGCCUUCUCAUAGGAGCCCCACCCUCAUGGCUCCCCAGCAACCCCAGCAUUCACCAACCUCACACAAGAUGAACUGCUGACCCAGCUGCAGAAGAUCACCCGCCAUGAUGUUCUGGAGGGCAACGUGGGCUACCUGCGGGUGGACAACAUCCCAAGCCAGGAGAUGGUGAGCAAGCUGGAGGACUUCCUGGUGGCCAAUAUCUGGAGGAAGCUCAUGGGCACCUCCGCCUUGGUGCUGGACCUCCGGCAUUGCACUGGAGGCCACGUUUCCGGCAUCCCCUAUGGGAUCUCCUAGCUGAACCCAGGAAACACGGUCCUGCAUGUAGACACCAUCUAUGACCCUCCCCCCUCAAAUACGACCACUGAGAUCUGGACCCUGCCUCAGGUCCUGGGAGAAAGAUACAGUGCUGACAAGGAUGUGGUGGUCCUCACCAGCAGUCACAGAGUGGCCGAGGACAUCGCUUACAUCCUCAAACAGAUGUGCAGGGCCAUUGUGGUGUGCGAGCAGACUGUAGGGGGCGCCCUGGACCUGGAGAAGCUGAGGAUAGGCCAGCCUCACUUCUUCCUCACCAUGCCUGUGUCCAGGUCCCUGGAGCCCCUGGGUGGGGACAGCCAGAUGUGGGAGGGCAGUGGAGUGCUGCCCUGUGUGGGGACACUUGCAGAGCAGGCCCUAGAGAAAGCCCUGGCCAUUCUCACGCUGCGCAGGGCACUGCCGGGAGUCCUACGGCACCUUCAAGAGGCCCUGCAGGACUCCUACACCCUGGUGGACCGUAUUCGUGCCCUGCUGCACCACCUGGCCAGCAUGGACUUUACUGCCGUGGUCUCUGAAGAAGAUCUGGUCACUAAGCUCAACGCCGGUCUCCAAGCUGUAUCUGAGGACCCUAGGCUCAUGGUGCGGGCCAUCAGGCCCAAAGAAACCUCUUCUAGGCAUGAUACUGGAGCCAAUGACUCCCCAGAGUCAGCCCCAGAAGUGCCGGAGGAUGAGGUAGCGCGGCAGGCCCUGGUGGACUCCGUGUUCCAGGUGUCAGUGCUGCCGGGCAGUGUGGGCUACCUGCGUUUUGACAGGUUUGCCGACGCCUUGGUGCUGGGGGUGCUGGGCCGAUACCUCUCACACUAGGUGUGAGAGCCCCUGCAGGACAUGGAGCACCUCAUAAUGGACCUGCUCCAGAAUUCUGGGGGGCCGCCCUCCGCAGUUCCCCUGCUGCUGUCCUACUUCCUGGGCCCAGAUGUCAGCCCUGUGCUUCUCUUUACCACCUAUGAGCAGGAGCACUUCAGCAGCACAGAGCUACCUGGCUGGCAGUACGGCUCCCAACAGGGGUACCUGCUCCCUAGCCACCGCACAGCCACCGCCGCUGAAGAGCUGGCCUUCCUCAUGCAGUCACUGGGCUUGGCCACACUGGGUGAGAUCAUGGCGGGCUGCCUGGUACACACCCACACCAUGCCCCUGCUGGAGACGCCAGAAGGCAGCCUGGCACUCACCGCGCCGGUGCUCACCUUCAUCAACAACCAUGGGGAGUGCUGGCUGGGGGUCGUGCUGGCGGCGGAGGAGGCUUUGGACAGAGCCCAGGAAGUGCUAGAGUUCCACCGCAGCUUGGGAGCCUUGGUCAAAAGCACAGGGCGCCUGCUGGAAGCCCACUAUGCAUGGCCAGAGGUUGUUGGGAAGACAGCAGACCCGCUUCGAACCAAGCUGGCCCAGGGGGCCUACCGCACAGCCGUGGACCUGGACUCCCUGGCCUCCCAGCUCACCGCUGACCUACAGGAGAUGUCUGGGGACCAUGGUCUGCUGGUAUUCCACAGCCCCGGCAAGCUGACCACAGAGGAGGUGCCUCCACCAUCCCCUGAUGUGUUCUCCCCAGAGGAGCUCUCCUACCUCAUCGAUGCCCUUUUCAAGACAGAGGUGCUCCCCCGCCGGCUGGGCUACUUGCGUUCCGACACCAUGGCCGAGCUGGAGAAGGUGAUGGCCAUUUGGCCACAGCUGGUACAGCUGGUGUGGCAGGGGCUGGUGGACACAGCGGGGCUGGUGGUUGACCUGCGCUACAAUACUGGCAGCUACUCCACGGCUAUGCCCCUGCUCUGCUCCUUUUUUGAUGCGGAGCCCCGCCAUCACCUCUAUUCUGUCUUUGACAGGAUCACCUCAAGGGUCACAGAGGUGUGGACCCUGCCCCAGGUGACUGGACAGCACUAUGGCCCCGACAAGGACCUCUACAUCUUGAUGAGCCUUACUAGCAGGUCGGCGGCUGAGGCUUUUGCUCACACCAUGCAGGACCUACAGCAGGCCACAGUUAUCGGAGAGCCCACGGAUGGAGGGGCACUCUCUGUAGGUAUCCACCAGGUGGGCAGCAGCCCCUUAUAUGCCUCCAUGCCCACACAGAUGGCCCUGAGUGCCAGCACAGGUGAGCCCUGGGACCUAAUGGGAGUGGAGCCCAACAUCACUGUGUCCAUGACAGAGGCCCUCUCCACAGCUCAGGCAAUAGUGGCCUUACAUGCCAAGGUGCCCACUGUGCUGCAGACAACCAGGAAGCUGGUCACUGAUAACUAUGCCUCCCCUGAGCUGGGGGCCAAGAUGGCUGUCAAACUGAGCCAUCUGCAGAGCCACUAUUCGAGGGUAACCGCAGAAGGGGCCCUGGCUGAGAUGCUGGGGGCUGACCUAUAGAUGCUGUCCGGGGAUCUACACCUGAAGACAGCCCAUAUCCCUGAGGAUGCCAAGGACCGCAUUCCUGGGAUUAGGCCCAUGCAGAUCCCUUCCGCUGAUGUCUUUGAAGACCUGAGCAAGUUUUCCUUCCACACUAAUGAGCUUGAGGACAACAUUGGCUACUUGAGGUUCGACAUGUUUGGAGAUUGUGAGCUGUUCACCCAGGUCUCCGAGUUGCUGGUAGAGCCUGUCUGGAAGAAGAUUGUACACAUGGACACCAUGAUUAUUGACAUGAGGUUCAACACUGGUGGCCCAACCUCCUCCCUCUCCGCCCUGUGCUCCUACUUCUUCGAGGAAGGCCCUCCCAUCCUGCUGGACAACAUCUACUGCCAGCCCAACGACUCCAUCACUGAGCUCUGGACCCACACCCAGCUUGCAGGUGAACGCUACGGCUCCAAGAAGAACGUGGUCAUUCUGACCAGCAGUGUGACAGCCGGCGCUGCGGAGGAAUUUACCUACAUCAUGAAGAGGGUGGGCCGGGCACUCGUUAUCCGGGAGGUGACCAGCAGGGGCUGCCAGCCUCCACAAACCUACCAUGUGGGUGACACUCACCUAUACAUCACCAUCCCCACUGCCCACUCAGUGGGGGCUGCGGAUGGCAGUUCCUAGGAAGGGGUGGGUGUGGCACCCCACGUGGCUGUCCCUGCGGAAGCAGCCCUCAGCAGAGCCAGGGAGAUACUCCUGCACACUCUGAGGAGGACACAGAGGAGCCCAGGCCAGCAGGGACCCCGAGGGCCUCUGUGACCAGAGCCCUAAGGUAGGUGGGACCUCUGGGCCUCACAUCAACGGCACUCAGGCACGUGGUCCUGCCUGAGUCUCCCACGGGGCAGGAAAAGGGCCUGCUGAGCUCCUGUUAGGCUUCGAGUUGGAAGGAUCCUUGGGGCUCAUCUAUCCUGUCUCGUUACCACUGCCAGCAUCCCCUCUGAACACCUAGGGAGUUCGCCUUCUCCACAGUAGUUAUUUUGGGGAGGUGAAGUCCAGAUCUAUCCGCACCCAUGCGUCGUAAUCACCAGCUUCCCCCACCCCCCCCCACCCCACGCUGUCAACUAGAGCAGCUCUGUCCUAUAGACUUACAACGCGAACCACAGAUGCCAGGCACAUGUGUCAAUUUACAAUUUUUUUGUAGCCACAUUUAG